CUGAGAAAUUUCAAAGUUACUAUGAUAAUGAUGAAAUAAGUAAAUCGCUUGAUUUCUUGCCUAAAGGUCAUAAGCUUUAGGCAUAAUUAAAUUGAACAACAAAACUAACAAUCAAAACAAUCGUCAAUGUGGUUACUAAUUGUUUGAUUUCAAUGCUCUUUGUUAUUUAAAUAUUGAUAAGGUUGAAUUGGAUUAAUUGUGAUUAUCGCUUCCCUUGAGAUACCUGCGUGAAUGAUUUAAAACCACUGUCAAACGCAUUUUCUCCGACUGUAUUAAUAAAAUAUAAAAUAUUAAUAAAUAAGAAUCGGUUAAUCGGUAACAUAUCUAAUCGAUGAUUUUUUUGCUGGCCUCUUUAUUUAAUUUAUGCAUAUAGAUUAGAUACAUCAACUGAUUUAAAUCACAAAUAAGCCUUAAUAUAAUUUUUCUCCAGCAUUGAAUUCAUAUAGUGGUAAUAAUGGAAUAACCUUUCAGACAUAUAAUUCAGAAAACAUCAAUAAAUUUAAUACUUAUCGUAUCGAUAUAAAUAUUGUUCUCAUUUACGAAGAUGUCAUAGAGAAUUACCCUUCUCAAGUUUUUGUUUUCUCCAAUUCUUAGUGAAUUUGAUUAAUCGUAUUGUAAAAUCUUUUCCUAAGAAAAUGAAGUUUCCAAAGAUUCCAGUCAAUAAUUAUCUUUAUUUGCUCAAAUCUUUUCUUACUUACACAACAUUUUUCACCUUAGGAAGUGCGAUGGCCCUUUUAGGGUCUAGUCUACUUGAUUUACAAAUUCUCGCUGAUGUGAAGUUUACCAAAAUCUCUCAACUUGUAACCUUAAAGUCUUGUGGUCAAAUCGUUGGUACACUUAUCGCCAGUGUCUUGAAUGAAAAGUUCGAAGCAUCGUUCAUAUUAUCAAUGUCCAAUCUAAUAACUGGAGUAUUUCUUGGACUUGGACCCAUUUUGGUGAAGUUUGAAUUUAUGGCGAUAUGUUUUUUUAUUGUUGGAACAAGUCUGGGGGUAGCUGAAGUUUUGUGUAACCUUUGGUUAACUCAGAUAUGGAAAGAUGAAUGUGCCAAUUUUUUACAAAUACUCCACAUGUCCGUUGGUAUUGGUGCUCUGACAGCACCAGUGAUUUCAAGACUCUUCUUGUUACCCAAUGAAGAUUCAGUAGAAAGUGAAACUAACACCGAUUUUAAAUUUAAUAGAAGGUACUCAAGUGAAGAUGUGAUUGUUAAAUAUGCUUUCUUGAGUAUUGCAUCGAUUCCAAUGCUCACGUCGAUUCCGUUGAUGAUCAUUUAUAUUUUUAAAGAUCGUAAGACUUUAAAUUCACCAGAUCAAUCGAACCAACAACCAAAAGACCAAAUCGAAGCUCGAAGUCCAAGUAAACUUAAAACCUACGUGGCCGUUUUGAUGGUCGCUGGAAUCAACCAUGCAGUUAUCAGUCUCGAAGGAAUAAUUGGCUCUUUGGUUACUCCGUUUUCGGUUAGAUCUGAUCUUCAUAUGGACAAAAAGCUCAGUGUUUUGGUCGCAACCGUUUUCUGGUCUUGUUUCUCAUUCACUCGACUGAUUUAUAUACCUUUGACUUUCAUCAUUGGAGAAGCUAAACUACAAAUUAUCGCCUUAAUUAUUUCCCUUUGUGGUAUAUUUGUCACUGUUCCUUGGGCUCUUUAUGAUGAAACUUGCAUGUGGAUCGGAUUCACUCUUAUUGGUGUCGGUAUAUCACCGAUAUUUGCUUCAUCUUAUGGUAUGUUGAACAAGUAUGUCAAUGUGACCUCUAGGAUGACCUCAUUCAUAUUAUUCGUUGGUUUGAUCGGUGAAUCUGCUCAUCCAGCCAUAGUUGCGACUCUAAUGUCCAACAAUAUGAUAGUGUUUUUAUAUUAUAUCGGUGCUCUGGGCUUAUGCUUCAUACUCCUAUUCUUUGUAUUCUUAGUUUAUUGUAAAAAUGCUUUGAGAGCUUCGAUUCAUCAAACGGCCACACAAGAUACAUUGGGAACAUUUGUCGAAAGUCAUGAUAGAUUCUAAUCUCAUAAUUGUAAUAAAUUUUCUUCGUUUCUAAUAUUCUGAUCUUCAGAUAAACAAAGUAUUCUGAUUGAAUUUGUGCUCGAUAAAAACU